AUGCAGUCUUUUCUACAAUAUCGACGUCUUAGGAAGGCUGCUCACGCACAAGUUGGUGACGCCAAUGCUGCCGGCGCGCCUGGCAUACCUACGCCGUCUCAUACAUGUACCCUGCCUACCGAAUCUCUAGGCGACAGAACCAACUUCCAAGGGUCCAUUCCUGGCAUCAACGUACAGACCUCGGGCGACAGAGAUGUCGAAUCCUCUCUUCUCUUUAUUGUCACAUGGGCCGGAGACCAAGACGCUGAGAAUCCGCGAAACUUUUCCAUGGCUAGACGUCUGACUGCGACCCUUCUCGUAUCGAUAUUGGGCUGUAUUGUCGGCGUCGCCUCCUCCGUCUACUCUGGAGUUGCGCCCCAAAUGCCGAGGCCUUCGGCAACCGCCUUUUCAACACACUCUCCAAAGGGCAGUGCUCUAACAUUCACAGGCAUCUAUCUUCUCGGGUUUGCCGCCGGCUCCCUCGUCAGCGGCCCUCUCUCGGAAGUUCUUGGCCGCAAUUUGGUCUACGUGAGCUCGUUGACGCUCUUCAUCAUCUUCGUCAUGGCCUCGGCUUUGGCACCAAACUUUGGCGCGCAGCUCGCUUUCCGCUUCCUGUCUGGCGUGUUUGGCUGCCCGCCCCUGACUUGUGCGGGCGGCACUAUAGCAGACCUGUGGAACCCGUUGGAAAAGACGACUUACUUCCCCAUGUAUGCCAUUAUAUCUUUUUGCGGUCCUGCCAUGGGUCCUUUGAUCGCAUCCUAUAUCGGCCAGACAGAUGUACUUUCUUGGCGGUGGGCGGGCUGGAUUGUCACAAUCAUGUCCGGGGCCGUCUUGGUAUUGAUUGUAUUCUUUCAGCCCGAGACCUAUUCGCCACUGCUGUUGAGUUGGAGAGCCAAGCACCUCAGAGCUGCUACUGGAGAUGGGCGAUUUCGUUGCGAGAUGGAUGUCGACCACAUCUCUCUUGGUCGUCGGAUUGGCAGGGCCAUGAGGAACCAAUUUCUCAUCACGAUACAUGAGCCGAUUGUCUUGCUGAUUUCCUUAUACAUGACUGUGGUAUAUAUCGUGCUCUUCACAUUCUUGGAUGGCUACGCCUAUAUUUAUACCGACGUUCAUGGCUUGUCCCAGGGUUUGACCAACAUCAUCUGGGUCGCCAUGGUUAUUGGUAUCGUUUGCGCCGCGUUCCUCGUCCCUCCAGCUUAUAUCUGGACAAGGAAGCUGUUACGCGAGAACGCCGAGGGACGGUUUUCCGACGGGUUCCAUAUCCAGCCCGAACAGCGUUUGUGGUACGCCAUGCUGGGAGCUCCUUUGAUACCCAUCAGCCUGUUUUGGAUGGCCUGGACUGACUUUGCCCGAAUUUCUGUCUGGUCCCCGAUUAUUGCUUCGGCCGUCUUUGGGCUUGGUACAAUUUGCAUCUUUAUUAGCUCCUACAUGUACGUCAUAGACUGCUAUCAUAUCUAUGCCGCCUCGGCAUUGGCAUUCAUGACCGUCUCUCGUUAUGCCGCGGCCGGUGUAAUGACCGUCGUUGGCAUUCCAUUCUAUCGGAACAUGGGCGUCCAGUGGACGCUCACAAUCCUCGGCUGCAUCGGCGCCGCUUUGGUUCCGGUCCCAUUCGUCUUCUACUGCUCCGGCCCAACUAUCCGGAAAUGGAGCAAGUUUGCCGAGAGCCAAGACUCCAAGGUUUAA